AAUUGGCAUUGCCUGAUUGACCCAUGUCCUGACUCUUGGCUUAUUAGUGAACUGUUGGUGUGAAUUCUGACAACUUUGUAUUGUCAAAAAAGAUGCUCCGAAGUCUGAAUCCAUUCACCAAAACCUAAUAUCUUCACCAGAGAGAGCGCGCAUCAGAUACUUCUACUUUGGACGAAGGGGAUGGGCAGAAUAGUAAUUAUAGUCAGUACCAGGAUGUGGAGUUCAGAAUCCAUGUCCCCCAUGUCCAUGGUGACCACACAUCCUUCGUUGUCUAAGGUUGUCCCACUUCUAAUUCUCCACGUUCAUCAUUUCCUCACACACACUGCUUUUCCCUUCCUCCUCCUCUUACUUCUUCUUCUUGUUCCUCUAUCUUCUCUUCACCACCACACUCUGCCGACACAGCCACUAAAGUGUUUAGUUUUUUCAUACCACAAAAUCUCUCCUCUUUUCUUCUUUUUACUUUCUUUCAAAAGUCACAAAAACAAUGGCAAAUAAGUAUUUUCAGUGCGUUAUAGAAGAAAUGGAUCGGCUUUGGUUUCACCAAGUUAUUCUCUUUACAGAACCAUCAGCGAAACCAUCUCCAAUUCCAAAGCCUGAAAAACAAAAAUCUGUUGCGAUAACGGAAUCUCUGUCGUCCCAGUCAUCCAUAUUUUCUAUGUCACAAUUACCAGACGGUGGCAGUGAAACUUCAACAAAUGAAUCAACUUCUCCAGAAAAACAGGCCUCGUCAGAGUCAAUCUCCGACGACGCUCUGCCGGGUGGUUCAACAAUCAACAAAAACAAGAAAGAAAGGUCCGCAAGAGUGAAGGUUUUGGCUAAUAGAAUUCGUUCACAUUCAUCAUCACCGUCCUCUCAACACCGUCACAAAAGAUUCAGAAACCAUGCUACUACUUCUAGUGAAAGUAAUAAACUUGAGAAAUCGAUGAGUUGCAAGACAUUGAGAGAACUAGAACUGGAUGAGGUGAAGGGUUUUAUGGAUCUUGGGUUCAUAUUCAAGAAGGAAACUCUAAGCCCAUGGAUGAUGAGCAUUGUACCAGGAUUGCAAAGACUUGGUUUAUUGCAAAAUCAGAAUGUUGAAGUUAAACGGCACACACAACGGCAACUAAUAAAAGAAGAAGUAGAAAAUGGAGAGAAAGAAGAGAGUGAUGAGGAGGAAAAGAGAGUUAUCAUGAGGCCAUAUCUAUCAGAAGCAUGGCUAAUAAAGAGACCCGAUUCACCGCUACUAAGUCUGAAAGUCCCAAAGGCAUGUUCAGCUUCCAACAUGAAGAAACACCUUCGGUUUUGGGCUAGGACUGUGGCCUCAGAAAUCCACCAAUAGUGUUCACAAGAAAACCAAACACAAACACUACCCCGCAAUCACAUUAAUGUGCACGUCACGACUCAUAUCAUCGUCAUCAUCAUCAUAAUAAUAAGCACAUAAUUGUAUGUUAAAAAAUUUGCAUAUAAUAAAGAGAGGUAGCCAGAAUAAAUCUUGAGCAAAUAAAUAAGAUGUAAAUUAUUAUUGUUAGUAUUAUUAUUAUUUAAUUAAUUUUGUCUAGAAGCUAAUAAAAAGGGGGGCAUGGCUGAUAUGCUAGGAAAGUUAUUGUUAAUAAUUGGAGGGGAUGAAGAAGAAUUUUGUUAGUGGUGAGGAAUUAAUACCAAGUUGGGUAAAUUGGGAUAAGCAGGCCAGGAAAGAGAGGAGGGGCCUUCUGUGAUGUGAUGUGUCUGACAAGUGGGGGCCCUUCAAGCAAUUAAUCAAGGGCAUCUCCAUUCACACUGUUCCAUUCCUUUUUGUUUACAUCUAUCAAUGUGGAAU